CCAUUUCCAACCCUUUACCAGCAUCUAUACCCAGCGUCGUUUUGCUUGCAGACUAAUAUUUCCAGUACAAAUCCUUGAACGUACGGUACACAGCCGGUGUACUCUGUCAAGAGCUGUCUCUAAUUCCCGCGCUGCGCACCUGACUCUUCACUUUUGUCGAAAGGACUCUCAUAUCUCUCGGGGCUGGCUGCACUCUACAAUCUUUAUCCUCUCCUAUCUUCCGCUGUGCUGUUCAAUGUGUCAGAUCGGAAGUCAUUCUGCAGAGUCCAAUUUCUGCUGCAAGUGUUAAACAGUCGGAAUCAUGACAACCGAUGAAACUGAUCUGCGACCACAAACAAUCAACUCACUAACAGGAAAAAUUCAAAACGGUGUACAUUUGGUUUCCGGCAAACUUGACAGUGAUCCCGAAAGUCACCCUGACUAUCCUCCGGCCCCGGAGGACUUCACCACAACCGAGGAAUCCGACUCUAAUGUUCCACGCACUGAUGAGGAACAUGCUCAAAUGAGCGAUAGAAGUGUAUCUCAGCACAACAAAACACAGAAAAGCGAUGUAAGUCUUCGGCAGGGCACGAAACGUCGGCCGACGGACAGUACUUUUGAGCAAAAUGAAACGACAGCUGGGAUUGGCGAAGAAAAUGCAGCGGAGGGACGGUAUCCCAAGAGGCGCCGCGCGGCCGCACCCAUGAGCCAAGAGCCAGAUCAUUCACCUGUCAAUCGGGGUUCCAGAGGCGAGAGAUUGAGAGAUAGAGACCGAAACCGCACUGAAAGCAGGAUAGUGCGGCGCUCGUACAAGCGUGAGGAAAAAUCCUUCAGAAUUGACGCAAAAGAAGAAACGCUUUCGAGAAGUGGCAGACGCGUGAAAAAACCUGUGACAUACUGUGUUUCGGAUAGCUACAUGUCGGAAGAUCAUAUGGAGAUUGUAAAUGCCGACAGAACCCCUCAAUAUGGACUUCGAAGGUCUGACAGAAAUAGGGCAAGUGUUACGGGUAGAGCACAUGAAGGACAGAAUGUUCUACACAGUCCCCAAACACCUGCAAGUGCAGGUCAGAAGAGAAGAACAAGGAAUUCACUCGGUACCUCUUUCGCCGAGGAUGCAGCACAGCAGGACUCUUUGACCGAUGCCGUGCCUUUGAUCGCAGAUGACGAGGGGCGUUCAAUAGACAAUGACGGCGAUGAUGAAGAUGAUGGUGAUCCUAUCAUUGCCUACUCCCGCGUGACACGCAUAAGACGUAAAGUGGAUGUGCCUUCCGCAGACAUUGAUGAAAGCCGCCAUUCCACACCUCCGGUGAGCUCGAAGCGGAAACGUAACUUAGAAGAUGAAGAGGAUGAGAUAGAUCCAAAUGCGGGGCCAUACUCUCUACGGAAACGUAACUCGGGUGUAAGUUAUGUUCUUAAAUGGCCGACAGACGGUGGGAAAAAGAAGUCGCCAGAAGUGGAUUUGGAUGCAUCGCUCCUCAAUCAGUCACGACCGUUGAGAAAUCGAAGAAAUGUUGAUUACAACGAAGGUCGAGCGUUCCGCCUACUGUAUGAGACAGAAUUGGGUGGACAAGGUACUGGCGCCGAGGAUGGUCGGCGAUGGUCUUCUCCCCCAACCGUUCGCCCCAAGCGGCUGCCAAUGGCCAGCACUGUGGGAGGCAACGUUUUGAGUUACGAUUCGGAAGACGAGGAUGAUAUGGGAAAACCACUCUUCCAAUAUGCACGAUGUACAGCGCUUCUUGAAAAAUGGCCUGCCGGGAAACAAGAUGAAAUCAAAGAAAGACUUCGAAUGCAUCUUGAUAAUAAUGAUUUCCCAACCAUCAACGCCACCAUCCAAAAUAAGGUCACAUUCGACAUGAUUGGAGGCCAUGAAGAUCACGUGAAAACCAUACAGGAGAUGAUAAAAAUUGCGCUUCUCUAUCCUGAGUUGAAUAAGGAGGUGGAGGCCAUCAAGGGAGUGCUUUUCUAUGGUCCACCUGGAAACGGGAAGACGCUCAUGGCACGAGCCAUAGCAUCAAGCUGUUCAACAUUCCAGCAGUCAGUGGCAUUCUUUGAAUGUCACGCGGCCGAUAUCCAUUCGAAAUGGUUUGGUGAUUCGGAGAAGCAUUUGAAGCGCCUGUUUGAUCAAGCUAAGGCAAAUCAACCCGCUAUCAUCUUCUUUGAUGAGAUAGAUGGAGUCGUACCCGCUCGGGCUUCGGGCGAGAACGCGACACCUCAUAAUACGGUCGUGACUGCGCUACUAACUUUGAUGGAUGGACUGGAAAACCGAGGUCGUGUGAUUGUCAUUGGCGCAACAAAUCGGCUGGACACACUUGAUCCGGCACUCCUGCGUCCAGGACGGUUUGACCGAAAACUUCAAUUCAAGCGACCAAAUCUUGACGCGCGAAAGAAAAUUAUUGACAUCAAGACAAAAUCGCUUGGUUUGGAGAACUCUUUGAUACAAGAAUUAGCUGCUGCGACCGAAGGAUAUAGUGGGGCGGACUUGAAGUCUGUCUGCAGCGAUGCCUACUUUAAAGCGUUGCGAAGGACGUAUCCACAAAUUUACGAUAGUUCGCAUAAGUUACUCAUCGACGUCAAUGCCAUAAGAGUGACCAGGCGCGAUUUUCUACAAGCUCUGCGCGAAAUCAAGCCGAGUGCCGGUCCAUCGGACGCGACAAGCUGUCCUCCCUCUUCCCAUAUUCAGACUCUUUUAUCCAGUACUUGGGAGCGUGUAUUGUCUCGACUAGAAUUGAUCCAUAAGAUUUUUAUUCGACGAAGUUCCGGAGCGUCAGCAAGCGUAUUGCAGCCGCGGAUACUGGUUGCGGGGCCUCCCAGAUUAGGACAAGUGCAACUUGCUGCUGCGUCCGUGUCGCGACUGGUAGAAUGGGGAUUUCGUGUGGAGUUGCUUAGACUGGGCAGCAAUAUAGAGUCAAUCGACGCAGAGAUUCACCAUGUACUUGAUGGCCUCCGACUGGAGCCUCUUCCCGCAAUUCACAUUCCUUCUUUUGAGAAAUGGAGCCCUGAAGCCAUCGAAGCUCUGGAUGCACGUUUGGAAGCAGCGCCCCAUCCAAUCUUGAUCCUCGCCACUUGGGAACAGGGCGGUACUGUACCAAGGGUAGCUCGGCGGUUUAUUUUGGGUCAGCGCAAGGAUAUCAACCAGAUGAUGGGAUACCGGAGCAUGUUUCAAUUGACUGAGCCAAGCCAGGCCAAGCGCAGGGAAUUCUUUUCACCCAUCCUAGCGCUUAUCAACAAGCAAGCGGAUCCUGCAGAAGCCGCGUUGCCUCCAACGGCUUUGAUGGACCUUCCGAUUGCCCCUCACCCACCUGCGCCUGAGCUCACCACUGCGCAACGGAAAGCGAUUGACGCCAAGUGUUGGAGUGUACUCCAAGAUCUGAAGCAGCGGCUGAGGACAUUCCACAAGGAGAUUGGCAAGACAAAGUUCCGGACAUUCUGCAAUCCAGUGGACAUUGAAAAAUACCCAGACUAUCUCGAAGUGAUUUCGGAACCAAUGGAUCUGGGAUUAAUGAUGGGCAAACUCGAUCAAGACAAAUAUGAAACGCCGGAGGACUGGCUUGCGGAUAUCGAGCUGAUUUGUCGUAAUGCAAAGGAAUACAAUGAGGCGCGCUCAGACAUCGUGCAUAAGGCAUGUGAGCUGCGAGAUGAUGCACAUUCAUUUGUACAAGCUAUACCCAGCAAGUAUCGAUUAAAUUAUUUACAAUCUAUGUUGUGGAGACGGGCAGAGAUGACAAAGCAGUCAGUUUCAACAGAGGAUGAAGAAACCCCAGAGUCACCUAGCGAGCACCCAAUACCACCCUUACCAAUCGAGACGGCAGAGAUGGAAACCGAUAUCCUUCAAGACCGUACCAGCGUUAAUUCGCCAGACCUGGAAAGUCGCCCCCCCACAGAGGGCCAUACCGUACACAUAGGGGAUAUAUCUGAUCUCGGGGCAGUUCCUUUUGACUCAAAACUUGUUCCCAGUGCUGAGCUAGCGCAACUAGAAGAGCACCUGUUGGAUGUUACGGAAGGAAUGGACGUGCGCAAUUUAGAGAUGCUGUAUCAGGUGCUGGAAACGGAAAUCCAGGGUCUGGUAGAAGAGCCAGAUCGGAGGGUGGUGCUUGCGGCUGUAAAUGAGAGGCUCGAAGCCAUUUUGGAGUGGCAAAACCAGCAUGACCAAUCGGAGGACGACGAUAAUGAUGAGGCGGAUUGAAGAGGGUCGCGUGGUCCGAAGGAGGGGCUCACGGAUAUGUAAAAUAUUCUACUCACACACUCUGUAAUUCUUCUUUUACUUGCAGCUAAUAAUGCGCAAACGCAGAGUUUGCAUGUAUAUAGAUACUGGGGUAAGGAAAUAUGGGUAGUGAUCGAGAUGUCAAUGUGCUGUGGCGCGGUGAUGCUUAU